UAAAUCUUCAACAGAUCUGUUUUCUUUUUUCAGUUUGCUAGUCCUUGGUCUUCAAAGAAAAGGUGAUAUUUCUGAGUUACUUGGAGAUGGAUAGUGGUUGCUCAAAGAAUGGGGAAACAUGUCCUCAGCUUCUUGACUUGAUCCCUCAAGAAAGCGAGUGGCAUACGCAGACAAAAGAUGGUAAAACUCAGCUACCAUCAGAAGAGAAGAAGCUGGAACUGAGGCUUGGUCCCCCAGGCGAUGAAGAUAACUGGUCCAUCAAGGCUACCGCCAAAAACAACAACAGUGAGACAGAUGAGCCUGUCAUCUCACUCGUGUACUCGUCUUCAAUGAACAGCAAUGGAAAACAGGCACAUAAAUUUCCAUCUCCAGAGGACCACAACCACCACCCGCUCCGGUCAGUUUUGUCCCAUUCAUGGACCAAAAGCCAUCACCAUAACCCUCAACAGCUGACAAACCGUCCUCCAUUUCUUCUGUUCCCAUCAACACCCCAACAGAGCUUGCCUGUUGUGGCAAAGGAACCAUCCCAGCCCUGUUGCACUAAAGCAGUAAACAUUCAGAAUGCAGAGAAAAAACCAUUUUCACCUACUGCAAAUACAGCUGGUCCUCCCAACACUUCUCAGAAAAGAACUGCUCCUGGUCCAGUUGUGGGUUGGCCUCCAAUUCGGUCUUUUAGGAAAAAUCUUGCAAGCAGCAGCUCUUCAAAACAAGCUGCUGAACAACCACACAAGGCUGCUAAUGAGAAAAAAGCUGCUGAACCGAGUGCCAAAUUUGUGAAAAUCAACAUGGAUGGAGUUCCCAUAGGAAGGAAAGUCGACCUCAAAGCCUAUGACAGCUACGAAAAACUGUCUGCAGCUGUUGAUGAACUAUUCAGAGGUCUACUCGCUGCUCAAAGAGAUCCCUGUGGUGGUGGAAUAGUGAAGGUGGAGGAGGAGAAAGUGAUCACGGGAUUAUUGGAUGGAAGUGGGGAAUAUACACUGGUUUACGAAGAUAACGAAGGGGACAGGAUGCUUGUUGGGGAUGUCCCGUGGAACAUGUUUGUGUCAACAGUGCAGCGGCUGCGCGUGUUGAAGAGCUCGGAACUUUCUGCCCUUAGCCUUGGAAGAAGCAAACAAGGAAAAAUACCGGCUUGACUGUGUCACCCAAGUUUGAAGACGAGGAUUUGAGUUAUGUUUAAUGUUUUGACAUUUUGUUCCCUGUUUAGCCUUAAACCAGACGUUCUCGCUGUAUAUAUUUCCUUUCUUCUCACAUCAAUGC